CCAUGGGGGGAGGGGCAUGACCAGUAAGCUGUGUGCUUGCAGAGAGCGAGGAGAACGGUGGGGGUUGACCGUGGUGGUGAGGGCGGCGCCUCUGGGGGCUGACGAGUGAGAACCCGGAAGGUCCGGAGACAGAGUCGAGGAGGGCCAGAGUGCCUCAGCCGUGAGGUGCCUGUGAGCUCCUGCUCUUAAUGGCGUGGUCGGGGGCUGGCGUGGCCCAGCAGCGCAGGGGUCACGGCUGGGGAGGUGAGGGCAGGAGCCUUAGGGAGAAAGGAGCACAGUUGCCUAGUGGUCCCAUGCGUGCACGCACAACUUACAUAGAGCCGUACGUACAGCUGCCCACAUACACACUCGCACAACUCGCAUGGAAUGCACACCCACCUACAUACACUCACAUUUGUACGUGUGUACGCACACGACUCAUGCAGUCACACACACACACACAAGUACACACUCACACGCAUACAGAACUCACAUGUAAUCAUAUACACGCAUACACACACACAGUCACAGAUACACACUUGGGCACUCAUAUGCAAAUACAUAUACACUGCUUUGCAAUACGUGGCCUCUGGAGGAGUCCUCGUGUGGGCUGGACAGUCCAGACUCUUGUCUUACAUAGAGAAAAGCAGUAGACACAGGAUUAAUGGCUGGAAAACUUUCUUGGUCCACUUGAUUGGGGGUUUGCGGAGACAUUUUUGUGUUCAUGCACCCGGCAUCUACCCUAUAUAAUGUCUUUAAGGGGUUUGUAUGGAUCUUCUUCAUCGUGGGUUUUCUGGGCGUAAAAGGGGUAUGAAGGUAUCCACUCUGGUCGCCUCGGUGGGUUAGGAGGACCUGUUGAGAUCAUGCACGUGGGGCAGUGCCCGGAGAGUUCUGAUGUGCAGAUGUUCUGUUGUUUUGCCUGGGCUCCUUCUGGGAGCCAGCAUUAUGCCAGCUAUUCUGGAUCUAAAAAUAGUGAUAAUCCUGUCUCUGGCCUUCCAGGCCUCUGAGGGGGUUCGGGGCUCUCCACCGUUGCUGUUCAGUGCCGUACAGGUUCUCUCACCCAGGAUGCCAGCGUGCCCUGAACUAUAUAUCGUGACUCGCCUUGUUUCCGAGAGGGCAGGCAGGGUCACAGGUCUGGAGCAGCGGGAGAGGGCGUCAGAACCCUUCUCUGAACCCUGCUCCCUCCUUCCAGCAGGCCUAGGCUGGCCUGUGCCCCCGGAGACACUGGGGAGAAGCCCCCACUCUUUCCCUGCUCGAGGGCCCCUUUCUGUGCCAUGGUGUCUAUGCCUCCAGCUGCUGACGGUGGGAUCUGCCUGCUUCGAAGGCCGCUGCGGUCCGUAGAACCAAGGUCCAAGGCAGAAUGCGUGUUUUCUGAAAUACCCAGCUCCUCUCUCUCCCUGAGAGGUGCCUCCUUUCCUACAGGCCCUUUGAUAACCAGGAAGGAGGGAGAGCCACCUGUCCGAAAGGUCUGGUGAGCAGGCGCUUCUUUCUUGUGGGGCUGAAGUCGGUGGCCGCCCGUUCUGGAUUUCUUCCUGAGAGUGCUCCCUCCAAGCGCGAGGCUUGUGAGGAAUGGUCCUCGCCAGCCAGGCUCGUCAGGUGGGGCCUCUUCUCCUGCCGGGUGCAGCCCUCACUUGGGAACAAAGCAGUGGGACAGCAAGGAGGCAGCUCUGGUGGCUCGGUGCCCCUGGCCUGGGUGGCCUGAGACGUCUGAGUGUGAGAAGGUUCUCCACCCGUGGAGGGGCUCACCCGCCUUUGGAACUGCACGGGGCUGGCCUCGUCUAGGCGGUGCUGGCUGAGCGCGCCCUCGUGCUCUGGGGGCCUUGCUCCGCUGACCAGUGCCUGGACAGGUUGCUGCAUCCCUGUCUUCGGGGCUGGACGGGGCUCUUGUCAGGGCCGCUGGACCGAGCCGAGGGUUCCGUGCCUCCACACAACGGCAGACAGAUGUCACCUGAGGUGACAGUUCCAGCACCAUGGUCACCCAGGGCCUCUGGGCGGCUCUGUGGCAGCCUGGGGGCAGCCCUGUCACCUGAGCCCUGCACUUGCAUCCGCUCCUGUCCUCUGCCCCUCUCGUCCUGUUGCCAUGCCCCGGGCCGCCUGCCAGCCCAUCCCAGACUGGCCGUCCCGCCUUCUCCACACAGGUCAGGCCUCUGCUCAUGGCUCUCCCACUCGCACCCUUCAGGGGUUCCCACAUGCCUCAGGCACAGUUCAGACCUCAGCCCCACUGCCCCCUGUCUCUUUAGCCCUCUCCACAUGGCUCUCCUCUGCACACCGUCCUUUCCAGGGGUCUGCAUGGGCUAUUCCCUGCACAGAUUCUUCUUUUCCUUGCCCUCCUGACUCCUCUUCCCUCAGCCCUCACCCAUCUGGACCCUUGCCCACAGCAUGUUGGGGUCGGGUGCUCAUGUGUGCUCGGGGCUAGGUGAGCUCACUCACUGCCCCACUCAGAGCUCCGCUAGGCGCUGGUGCACCUUUAUGGACUGAGUGAAGGGCAUGGAUGUGCAGAGCCUGUGGGCGUGGACAGUGCGCCUCUCUCUCUCUCUCUCUCUCUCUCUCUCUCUCACGUACCACACCUAAGCCGUGCGCACUCCUUGGACAGGCUCCCUGAGGAGGUGGUCCCGUUUGCUGGGGAGCAGUAUUCUGGCCUGAGGCUGCAUUGUGGGUGUGGAGGAGCCGGGGGGGCCUCAGCAAGCCCGCUGCCAGCAUGCAGUAACGCUCUGCUCGGUGCUUAGGGCACCCUCAGCCUGGCCACGUGUCUGCUGCCUUUAGUAGGUGUUGGCUCCUGGAGAGCGCGCCAGGGGUCAGAAUGCCAGUGUUCACAAAGGUGAGCCCCCCACCCCCAGGAGCUCGCAGGGCAUGUGGGGGUGAAGCCACCUUCCCCACAUUGGCAAGCAACACACAUGCUGUCCUGUCCAAGUCACUGUGCAGUUAAAGGGGUGUGCGGACACCGAGGAGGCCGCCGCUUACGCCUGGAUUCUUCCGGGGCUGAACGUCAGGUCUUCCUCCCUGUGGCAGUCCUGUGGAGGACAGGCUUUCACGGUGGCCUGCAAGGCCUCAGGUUGGUGGCGGGCAGAAUGCACACGCGUGGGUCUGUGUGCAGUUGGGGGGAUUGGGGUUUUCGGUGGCAGGCAGCAGAGCCCUGAUGGGGUGCGGGUCUUCUCCAGAAGGACCACAUCAGAAAGACCUUUUUCUGUCCUCGCUUCCGUAUUUAACAGCGGGCUGGCCGGCGCGCCCCUCUCCACACAUGUUCUUUUUGUGCCCCCCGUGUGCCAGGCACGCUCUCCGGGUAUGGAACGUAGCGCUGAGGAAGCAGCACGCACCCCAGCCCCCCGAUCUGGCAUUUCCUGGGAGCGGGCAGAGCCAGCCACGCAUUUCUGUGCGGCUCAGCCCAGCCCGGCACAGACUGGCCCUCUGUCCACACUUGUGGGAGGGGCGGGGGGGAGGGUGGCGCCCACCCAGCGCCCUCGCUCCCUCCUGGCGCCCAGCACGUUUGCAGACAGAAUCACUGUCCUGUUGUGGCCGCCCCGUGUCCCCCAUCGUGGAGGGAGCAGCGAGCACGCACAGGCCCCUGGCCAGGCCUGGAUGCUGCACCAGGGGACAUCUGCGUGGUGCUGGCACGGUGUGGUGGUGCCCUUGGGGCGCCUGGGCCCUGCUGCUCCAGGCCUGGGGAGGCACUGGGGGCGGAGGCAACCUGCAGGAGCCAGGAGAGGGGCCAGGCUCCUGGCCGAGCACCGGGAGGAGGCAGGGGCAGCACGCAGCUGUGCUGGAGGACGCAGGGGUGGGGUGGGGGGGCUGGCUGCGUGUCGCAGUGCCUGACCCAGAGCGGGAAUCACGGGCACUUAACGCCUCCGGCCUUGGGCCUUCUGCUGCCUUCAGCUGGAGUCCGCUUACUUCAGAUGGACAGUACACCUUUCCCCUGAGGACCCUGGCCCCAGGCAGGCACUCUAAUGCGGGUGUCCUUCUGCAUCAGCCCUCUUGUGGGGCGACAUGGUGUUUUAGGGGAUGUGGCUCCCUUCCAGGCAGGUGCGUGUGUUUAGAGUUGCCAUCCAGCCUCGUGUGGGUGACUGAGCACCCGGGCAGCAUCCUGGGACAGAGAGAACAGACCGGAGGGGCACGGGAGGGAGGAGGGAGACCCGUCGGCCGCUGCCGUCCUGCAGUGAGAGCAAGGGGGGCUUCCGCCAGGGCGGCUGGGCCGAUGCGCUCUAGAUAGCCCGGAGGCCCUGCUGGCGGACGGGUGUGGCGGGAGCCGGGAGAGUGGAGCACGGGUCUCCUGAGGAGCCAGGAGGGGCCACGCUGGAAGGGCAGGCUGAGUGUACGUACGGUGCCCGUCAGCAUGGACGGGAGCUGCCAAGGUCUGCCGGCCGUACCUGACACACACUGGCCUGUACGUGUUCCCGUGCGUGUGCACAGCCAACAGCCACAGGGCCCUCUCCACAGUCAAGGACGGGGACCCACCCAUCAGCCCCUUCCAGGCAACCCCGGCAUGCUUCUCUCGUUACGGAUUAGUGACAUUUUGCGGCCGCUUAGUGAGCGAAAUCCCCUCAGCGUGAGUUUGCCAUUGCCCACAUUGUUGUGUGUGUCGGGAGGUCGUCGUCCGUGUCCUCGGGUGGGACUCUGGCACAGGCAGGCCUAGCCGGUCCAUCUGUCCACCUGCCGGGGGCCGUGGGGGCUGUUUCCCCACGUGCGCACAGGUCUGUGUACAGACACAUGCCUUCUCUUCCCUGGAGGGUCUGGGUCGAACGACACGUACGUUGAACAUUUUAAGGAACUGCUGAGCCGUGUUGUGCGGCGAUCACGCCCCCGACCCCGGUGCCAGCCGCGAAUGGGAGUCCCGGAGUUCGCCCCUGGUCAGCCCCGGGCGCGUGCCCGCAGGCUCCACAGUCGUGGCCCUUCGAGGGGAGCGAGGCCGUGGCUCGUGUGGUUUUACGCCGCCUUUCCUCAGGACCUAAUGACCUCCAGCGCUUCAUCUGUGCCGACUCUGCUCCUGUGGUGAGGGGGGUCUGCUGAGACCGCUUGCCUGUUUCCUACUGGGUUUGGUCUUCUUGUUGAGUCAUGGGGGGCAUUAAACCUUCUAGAUGCAAGUCCUCUGUCAGACAUGUGCUUUAAGAGGGUGUCCCUCGGCCUGCAGCUUGUCCCCAAGCGGCUUGCUGGGCGGUGUGGGCUCACGGGGGGUGGGGGGGCUGCUCCUUGCUUCAGAGCCUUUUCCCAGUUUCCAUUUUGGGAAGCCUCUCUUGCUGCGUCUUCAGGUUCAUUCGUCCUUGCUCUUGCUGCGUUCGGUUGGCUGUUAAUCCUAUCCAGAAAUUCAGUUUGGAUCUUUUUUUUUUUUUUUUUUUUUGAAGAUUUUAUUUAUUUAUUUGAGAGAGAGAGAAUGAGAGACAGAGAGCAUGAGAGGGGGGAGGGUCAGAGGGAGAAGCAGGCUCCUCGCCGAGCAGGGAGCCCGAUGCGGGACUCGAUCCCGGGACUCCAGGAUCGUGACCUGAGCCGAAGGCAGUCGCUUAACCAACUGAGCCGCCCAGGUGCCCUCAAUUUGGAUCUUAAAGCAAGUUUUCCCUGUCUCUCCCUAACAUGCUCAGUGUUUCCUGCAGCUUCUGGAGCAGGUGGGGACACAGCUGUGCUGAGCUUCGCAUGUUGUCUUCAUCUUCUGUCAUCUGGCCAUUUUGGGGUCCUUUUCCAUCGAUUGCUUGACUCUUAACAAUGGGUUGCAUUUUCCUCCUUCCUUGAAGGCUUGGCAUUCCCGACUAGAUGAAAGACCAUGUGAGCUCUGCCUUUUUUGGUCUGCAUGUUUUUGUACGUUUAUAGCUAUUCCUGAGCUGUGUUGCUUGGACUCCUUUUGGAAACGGUUGCUCAUCUUCAGUUCUUGCCUGUGUUCUCCAUUUGCUGGGGUUAUGGUGCUGUUCCACGGAGAGCUAAUGCUUCUCACUGCUGAUCCACACCUUCUCGAGUAUUACAUCUGACACCAUGGGCCAAGUUUUUCCACUCUGACCAGCGGCGAAGGGACUCCUUCCAGCCCCCACGUGAGCCUCGAGGACUGUCCCUCCACCCCUCCCAGGGGGCUCAUACCACCCCUCGGUAGUUCCCUUACAAACAGCCCAGCCAGUGCUCGGCCAAGGACCCCCUGGGGCCCUGAGCACAUCCGUGCAGCUCUCUCCUCUUGGGUGCCCUGCCCCUCAACCUCUGGCUGCUCUGGCCUCCCCGGCCUCCCAGUGGAGACUGGUCAACUCAGGGCCCCCCUGGGCUUCUGCCUGUGGUGCAGGCUUCCCUUGUCAGCUCCCGUCCCCAGGGUCACUAUGCUCUGUUGUCUGGGGUCUUGAAAGCCGUCACACAUUGUAUCCAGUGUCCUGUUGUUUCAGGCAGGAGGUAAAGUCCGGUCCCUGUUACUGCACCUUGACCAGGGUGGAUGCCCUGAUUGGAAGUUGUGUUUUGAGGACCUUCUGGUUUGAAAGGUGCGCACACUUAGCAAAACCGAGUUCCCCAGACUUGCUUUCUUCAGCGUGUGAAAGCAGUGGGCCCUUUGGUGGCAGAGAAGGGCAGCCCUUGGCAUGGGAAAGCCCUGUUUCCGUUCGCUCCUUUGGUGGGACGUGUGCGUUUGGGGGUGGGGUGCACACUGGCUGCCCUGUGGUCCCACUGAGCUUCCAGUCACGUCCCCCGGCCACGCGGUGAUCACAGUGCCAGGCCUGGUGGGACCGCCGGCUUCCCCCCCCCCCCCCGCCACAGCACAGGGCCACCAUGGAGCACCUGCCCAAGUCAGGACUGCUGGGUUUCCAGAAGCUCCUGGAACACACGUGCAGAGCAAGACUUGACUUGCAACCCACGCAGGUUAGAGGGACAACUCCAGAGGGUACUCGUCUCCCUCGUGCCUCCUCUGGAGGAAUGGAAGUCCCCACCCAGGCCAAGCAGAGGUGGGCCUGGGUGUGAGGAGACAGGACAGGGUCUCGGCAGCAGAGACAUGCCUCCCUCCCUCCUGCUGGGCAGUUCUGGGGAAGUCAGGAUAGUCACCACUGGUUGUUCUUAGACUUUGCUUUAAAAGUAUGAGUUUGCCCCACAAAGUGCCCCCUUCCAUUUGCUGUGAAAGCCAGUGGUGCCACUGGCCAAGUGCAGACCAUGCCUGGAGGGAUCCAGGGAGCACCCUCACCCCUGCCACGUGCCUGUGUGCCCCACGUCCCCCUAGAAGGCCCCACGUGCAGAGCCAGAAGCCCUUGCUGUCCGUGCAGAUGCGAGGAGGAAGACAUGCUUUCCGUCACCGUGGACAAGAGUGUGGCAUUCCUGACCUGGCCGAGCGGUGCCUCUGUUGGUUCUCCAGGGAUGUCGCUGUGGACCUGACUCCUCGCACGCCAGUUCACACUCACAUGGGCUCUGCUGUACCGUGUGUGACAUCAUCAUGCACUGCGGCCCGGGGCUUGACUGUCCCAAGGCAGCCCCCGCACACUGAGGGAGGGUGCUGCCAAGGACGCCAUGAGCCCGGGUGUUCACGAGCAGGUCUGUCUCUUGGCUGGAGGCUGGGUUCAUGUCCAGAUUUAAAUGAGGAGUGUGUAGUUAAGGGUGUGGUUUCAGUGGGCAUGUGGGCUCUAAGCUCUGUUCCGCAUUCACACCCAGUAAGACCCUAAUCUUCCUGUUCUCUUCCCUUCACCCCAUCGCCCGAGCUACUCUGAAGCAAAUUCUGGAGCCGUGACAGGACAGGAAUGCUUUUCCUUAAACAGAGAGCAUUUUGUUAUCGUAUCAGAGCAGCAGUCCUUGUAAUAACAUUACAUAUCCAAUCAGUGUUCAUGGAUUCAAGGAAAUUCCGUAUGUUGCAGUUCGAUGACAGGUUUUAUAAUUCUUUUUUAGCUUUGUAUUUUGAAAUGAUUAUAAACCCACAAGAAAUUGCAAAAGCAGCCCGGAGAAUCCAGUGUCCCAUUCAGCCAGCCCCUGCGUGGUGACACCGCACACAACUGCGGUGUAAGAGGGUGAUGUUGGCACAGCACUGUUGACUAGGUUGCAGACUUGGCGAGUCUCAGUCCGCAGGCCCUCCGCCGUCUCUGUUCUCCCUGUGGGCCCGUGGAGGAGACCCAGCAGCCACCCCGCGGGAGAGUUCAGCACAUUCCUCCGUGUGUCCUGUAAGUUGUCAGCUAUCCCGAGACACUAGUUGGAUGGAGUUCUUCUUUGGGGGUAAGACUCCUCGGCGGGGGUGGUGUCCCUCCAGUCGGAGGCUUGUGCUCUCGGGCUGUCUGUGACUUGCUUGCGGACUCUCGACCGCUGCCCAGAAUCACUCCUUUGUUGGCAUUACAAAGGCCCCAUCGUAGCCUCCCUUCCCCGCUGGUCCGAUGGAAUACUUGCGUAAGGAAAACCUUGCCCUCCUCAACUAAGCAGGCUCCUUGAGGAGCGGGACAAGUGCUCACUCUGUCCUUUCAUUGACUGUCCUUCAGAAUAGGCGUUGGUUCUUUGCCAUCCUCCAAAGGUAAACAGCGAAGUGUUUUUGUGAAGAAAAGUACCGUUAGACAAAGGUUUGAACACCUCUGUUUCAAGGGUUGGGUUGUUGUCCUUCCCUGUAUCCUUAAAUUGCCCCACCCUUGGCCAUGGAAUGUCUUCAGGCUAGCCCUGAGUCAUGGUGACGGUGAUCCUCCUGGCGUCAGACACCGUUGCAGUCCUUUCCCCUGACAGCAGGGUACACACCUGGAAUCCGUGCUCGGGAACCCGCCUGGCUGCCGCAGGGGCAGCGACGUGUAGAGGCCACAGUCUGGACAUCAGGUGUGCCCUCCGUUUCUGAGCUGGUUAUGUUUUCUUGGCCUUCUCAGUGGACAGAGGUAGAAAAGGUGUGAGUGUAGAGGACCCGUGAGUUCUUCUGGGUCCUUCAAAUCCAGGUUCAGGACCUCCCCUUCAUCUGCAUCUCCACACCUCAAAGCCUGUUCUCAGCCAUACCAACCCCCUGUGCCCAUUCCACGCCAACCAUACCCACAAGAGGAGCACAGAAAGCAGAAACCCCGCGAGUGGGAGCACGUGCAGGGUGGACCCUCCCGCACACUCGGCGGGAAAGGAAGCCGGUGCAGCAGCCGUGGAAAACGGCGUGGCGGUUCUCAAACAGCUGAAAAUGGAGUGACCAUGUGUUCCAGCGAUUCCUCUUCUAGGUAUUGACCCAGAGAACCGAAAGCAGGGACGCGAGUGGAUGCUUGCACACCCACGUUCACAGCCGCCGACACAGGGAAGCAGCCCAAGCGUCGUCGACGGACGAGCGGAUAAACGUGGUCCAUCCACACACCGGACCGUCACUCAGCCUGAACAUGGAGGGACACGCUGACACCUGCCAGAGCGUGGAUGGACCUGGGGGACGUGAUGCUGAGUGAGAUAGGCCAGACACAGAGGGACAAGUACUGCAGGAUUCCCCCCACAUGAGAGAGAGAGACAGCGAGAGCAGGAACACAAGCAGGGAGAGUGGGAGAGGGAGAAGCAGGCUUCCCGCCGAGCAGGGAGCCCGAUGUGGGACUCGAUCCCAGGACCCCAGGAUCAUGACCUGAGCCAAAGGCAGACGCUUAACGACUGAGUCACCCAGGCGCCCCGCAAAAAUGAACUAUUGAGUUUUCAAGAUAAAAGCUUCUGCACAGCGAAGGAAACAAUCAGCAGAACUAAAAGGCAGCCUACGGAUGAGAGAAGAUAUUUGCAAAUGACAUACGGGAUAAAGGAUUAAUAUCUAAAAUCUAUAAAGAACUUACCAAACUCAACACCCAAAAAACAAAUAAUCCAGUUAAGAAACGGGCAGAAGACAUGAAUAGACACUUUUCCAGAGAAGACAUCCAGAUGGCCAAUAGACACAGGAAAGGAUGCUCAACUUCACUCAUCAUCAGGGAAAUACAAAUCAAAACCACACUGAGAUACCACCUCACACCAGUCAGAAUGGCUAAAAUGAACAACACAAACAACAUGUGUUGGAGAGGAUGUGGAGAAAGGGGAACCCUCUUAACACUGUUGGUGGGAAUGCAAACUGGUGCAGCCACUCCGGAAAACAGUAUGGAGGUUCCUCAAGAUGUUAAGAAUAGAGCUGCCCUAUGACCCAGCAAUUGCACCAC